CGUCUGUGCGCUCGCGUAUGGAAAGCGACGAGAUUCGCCUGCGAGAAACCCGGAGCGCGCAGGACUCGGGAUUCACGUUUCUACACAACUGAUGAGUAACAAUUCCUGUUUCCAGAUUUACGAUGGAUGAUCAUGUGCAGUGCACAAUCUGCUUGGAUCUAUUUAAAUUCCCUGUGACAAUCCCAUGCGGUCACACCUUCUGCAAGGUCUGCAUCUCCAAAUUCUGGGAUGGCAAGGACAAAGACUUCCACUGUCCUUUUUGUCAAAAAGCCUUUGACACAAGGCCUGAGCUGAAUCGCAACGUGUCUCUGUCGAUGUUAACAGAGAUCAGCACACACAGUCCAGUUAAGACAGAUGUGAGUGCAGGAGCCUCCAUUCACACGGAUCCGGAGCCAGAGCAGAUCUGUGAGCGGCACCAGAAACCUCUGGUCAUCUACUGCAGGAACGACAGCAUGUGUGUUUGCUAUGAGUGCUCUGUCAACGAGUGCAAGGGACAUGAUACAAUUUUGGUGGUAGAAGAACGGAAGAAUAGAGAGGCAGAAUUGAAGAAAAAAAGUGCAGAAUGCAAGAAACGCCAAGAAACCACUGAAAGAAACCGUCUGGAGCUCAUGGAGAACAUGGAGAAAGCAAAGGUAUCACUACAGCAGACGUCUCAGUGGGUGAACACUAAGUUCUCACAGCUGAUAAAGGUGCUGACAGAGAAACAGGAAGUGACAGAGGUUUUUCUGGAACAGCAGCAGGAAAUGACACUGUUGCAGGCUCAGGAGAGGCUGGCUGUUCUGGAGGAGAGAGCGAUGCAGCUAGCAGCUCUUCAGGAGGAGAUCAGCAGCCUGUGUUCACUCCCUCCCUGCCAGCUCAUCAAGGACUCCAGGUUCAUAGAGGUCCCACACUUCAGUGACGUUCCUGUAGAUGUGCAUGUGAGCGUACAGGAGAAGCUGACACCCAUCACAGACGUCCUGUCCCGCGUGUCUAAGCUGGUGUGUGAGGAUCUGGAUAGAGCCGUUCAGGUGUCCGCAGGACAGGAUAAAGAGGGCUCUCCUCAAGAUAAGAGGCCAAUUCUGGCUGUUGUUCCCAGUCCUGCAACACCAUCAUAUCCAGCUGAGAAGGAGGGACUGAACUCAUACCGCUGCAACCUGACCUUCGACCCUCGCACCGCCAAUGCUCACUUACGGCUCUCCCAGAGCAACAGGAGGGCGGAGCAUCUGAUCUCCGGGCCCCGCCCCGUCCCGGCUGACGAGUCCCGCUUCGACCACACCUGGCAGGUGUUGUGUUUCCAGAGCUUCACUCACGGCCAGCACUACUGGGAGCUGGAGGUGUCCAAACCGUGGGCCUACGUGGGCGUGACGUACCCAAACAUCCCACGCAAGGAGAAGGGCAAGCGCUGCAUGGUGGGGAUGAACGAGCUUUCGUGGAGCCUGCAGCUGGACGAGCGGCAGCUGAGCGCGUGGCACGCCGGCUGCAAGGAGUCCGUUGCCGGUCAGCUGCAGAUGAAUGCACAGCCGCUGCGCAUCGGGAUGCUGCUGGACUACGAGGCCGGGACGCUGACGUACUACGGCGAAGGACAGGUGCGGCUGCACGCCUUCCACUGCGCCUUUACACAAGCACUGCUCCCGGCCUGCUGGAUCGGGGAGGGCGUCACCAUUACGCUCUGUGAACCACGAGCAUGAGCAUAUUUGAUCCUGGGGAAAUAGAUGCAUCCCUACCGUAGCUGAACCUGAGACGCGUGGCCUUCCUUCGCCAUCAUUUACUCCUGGUGUUUCUGAGCGGUGAGAUUUGACGAGCUCAGGAUUCAGUCUGGGAUGGUUCGGGUUGAUCUGUGGAGAAUUGCGUAAGGGCCGAAAUAUACUUCAUGCAAGUACAUGAAUGCAGAUGCUCGUAUAUGUGACCCUGGACCACAAAACCAGUCAUAAGGGUCAAUUUUGUGAAAGUGAGAUUUAUACAAUAUCUAAAAGCUGAAUAAAUAAGCUUUCCAUUGAUGUAUGGUUUGUUAGGAUAGGACAGUAUUUGGUCGAGUUGCAACUAUUUGAAAAUCUGGAAUCUGAGGGGGCAAAAAAAUCUAAAUAUUGAGAAAAUUGCCUUUAAAGUUGUCCAAAUGAAGUUCUUAGCAAUGCAUAUUACUAAUAAAAAAUUUAGUUUGAUAUAUUUACGGUAGGAAAUGUACAAUAUAUCUUCAUGGAACAUGAUCUUUACUUAAUAUCCUAAUGAUUUUUGGCAUAAAAGGAAAAUGGAUAAUUUUGACUCAUACAAUGUAUUGUUGGCUAUUGCUACAAAUAUACCCUGUGCUACUUAUGACUUAUGUUUUGUGGUCCAGGGUCACAUAUAUAUACAUGAGUGUUUUAAAGGUGCCAUAGAAUGCAUUGAUACAGUAUUUUAAAUUGUUCUCUGAUAUCCACAUAGAAGGUAUGUGGCUUAGGUAAGGGCAAAAAAUCUCCAGAAAUGGUUUUACAUGUGCAUUUACAACCCUGGGAUUUCUCCUUAGAAUGAAACGGUCUGUUAUUGGCUAAGCAGGAAGGAAACACAGGGAAAAUAUAUAUUUCAGUACUUUCUCGUGCAGUUAUAUCUUUGGGUAAUUAUACUGUAAAUAAUAUGCAGGCAUCAGGGAGCCACUAUUAAUAUACAGGGCAUUGAAACUGCUUUGGAAUGCAUGAUGGCUUUUUAGUUUCACUUUCACUUUGGAGAUUUGCUAUCGCAGGAACUCUGUUUAUACUAUAGAGCUGCAGUACUUGCCACACAUUUUACAAGAUCAGAUGCUUGUCAGUGGUGCUCAGGAUCUGUAAAUCAAUGUUUAUGUGGUAAGUGAAAUCUUAUGUACUGUAAUGUAACAGGCUACCGCUAGCAAGGAGCUAACCAUGUCCCUUUAGUAGCUCGCGUUAUUUUAUUAGAACGCGUUAUUUGCUUUCCGUGCCUUUCUGAAUACAGACACCAACCCAUCCCUGCACUUCACAUCGCCUGCACAGCCUGGAACAUAACAUUUAUUUCCAUGAUCUGCCAUUUUCGCUGUUGUCCUCGCUUGUUUCUUCACAAUACCUGCAGAACUGCUGAUGGUUCGGCUGGCGUCUGGCCUAGAACAUGGGCGUGUAUAUGCAAAUGUUGGGGGCAUAACUAUUAAUUAUCCCAACUGUUACAUCACAGUCGGUGUUAUGUUCUGAUUCGCCUAUUUUUCAGUGGUCUUUUUUUAUUCAGGAGAUUUACAUAAGAAGGAGGAAACAAUAGUGUUUGAGGCUCACUGUAUGUCAUUUUCAUGUACAGAACUGUUAUUAUUCAACUAUGCCAAGGUAAAUACAGUUUUCCAUUCUAUGGCACCUUUAAAAUAAUGUUUUAAAAGAAGUCUCUUAUGAUCAAAAGUAAGAAAUAUUGUGACAAUUUAAAAUAAAAUAUUUCUAAAUGUAUUUCAUAUAUUCUAGGGUGACCUCCCGCAAACAUUUCCGCGCCUCAGGGAGCUGUUAUCAAUAUGCAGAGUAUUUAAUCACUUUGGAUGCAGCUCGUGUUGGAUGCAGGGUUGCCAAAUCCACAUUUUUGCACAGAAUUGGGCUGAUUUUAAACUGUUGCGGCAGGUUGAUUUUCUCCCGUGGGUUAAAGGUUUGAAAUAUUGCAUAAAUUACAUUUGACUGAAAUGCUUGUAUUGAAAUAUUUUGCAUUCUACCUAUGAUAAAACGGGUAGAUGUUAAGUUUUAUGAAGGACGACCACUGGUAGGAAGCCUUUUAGCUGUGUUUAUAAUCAAUGUACAUAACGGUGAUUGUAAAAUAUGUAUUACAUAUUUUGAGUUUUGAUAUUUGGGAUAUGGUCAUUGCGCUACUUUGGGGGCUACUUUAACCCCCCUCAAACCCAACAACCCCCAACCCUAAUAUAUUCAUAUAAAUCUGCAUAUUAGAGUGAUUUCUGAAGGAUCAUGUAACACUGAAGACUGGAGUAAUGAUGCUUAAAAUUCAGCUUUUAUCACAGGAAGAAAUUACAUUUUAAAACAUUCCUAUAGAAAACUGUUAUUUUAAAUUGUAAUAAUAUUACUGUUUUUAUUGCAUUUUUGAUCAAAUAAUUGCAGCCUUGGUCAGCAUAAGAGACUUCUUCAAUAAUAAUUAUUCCAAAACACACAUAUAUAGAACAUCUGUGUUUGUGUACUUCAUAAAGUGUGUUUCUACCCUAAAUCUUUGCCAUUCUUACUUGUGGCCAAAUUAUGGCAGGUUACAUGAACUUUUAUGAUGUUUUGAAGAGUUUGCAUUUAGGGCCAGUUGUGCACUUUGUUUUUAUGUUGUGUUCGAGAGAUCAGUUAUUUUUUGCUGUAUCCACUCCUAGUAUAUGACUCCCAUUUGUAGUUUUUAAAUAUUCAGAAUCAGAUCUGUUCGCCUGCAGUUUCGAAGAACAAACAUGUAUUUUGUGUUCAUUUCGGUCUUCUGUUUUUCUGUGCUGUAGGAUUAUCGUAACAGUGAAUUGUAUUUGUACGUAUUUCUACUGUAUCAGUUUUAGUAGUAUUUUGAUUAUUUUUACAGAAUUUAACUACAUCACGGAGGAUUAUGUCCAUCGAAUUUAUCUUUUAACACUUCAGAUAUUGACAUCUGUGAAUAUGAGAUUCAAUUUCAUGCUGUAAUACUCUAAUCUAGUCACUGGCUUUGUUCAGAAUAGCAUACUUCACGUUAUGUACAAUAGGCCUGCAAAUUUGGUCCAAUCAGACCAGUCAAAAAGGAGAUACUAAAAGCAAUCAAAGCUUAUAUUGCUCCCAGUUCAUUUAUCAUUUUUUAAGUGGAAUGUUGAGCAUGUUGCAUUGUGGGAUGUAGUGUUUUUUUUUCUUCAGUGUGCUCUAUUGCAUAGUGCACUUUAUGGCAGCCCGUUUCCACCACAGAAUAUAAAAAAAAUAAAGGUAGUUGUGAAAUUUUUAUCUCACAAUUCUUCCUUUUUUUACUCACAAUUCUGUUUAUUUCUCAUAAUUCAGAAGAAAAGUCAGAAUUGUGAGAUAAAAACUCUCAACUGCAAGAAAUAAAGUCUGGAUUGUGAGAGAAAAUUGCAACAAUAACCUUGUUUUAUUCCUUGAUUUUUUUUCAGAAUUGUGAGAAACAGUAUGAAAUGAAGUAAACAGUCAGAAUUGUGAGAUAAAUAGUCUUUUUAUUUUUUAUUCCGUGGUACAGGCUUUCAUAGCACUUUAUUGCACACUGCAAUGCAUACUGCAGAUAUAUUAUUAGUAUGCUAUUCUGAACAUCGCCUUUCUAUAAAGAGCCAUUGAAAGUUAGAACACUGUGUGCGUUAUAUCUGAAUAUGGGAUCAUAUUACAUGAAAUCCUUCCUUUUAUAGCGUACUUGAGGUCUGAGCUCACUUCUUUGAGCUGACUUUAUGCACUAACUAGUAAAAGGUAGAAUUGUCCUUAAUAUUGGGAAAUUGUUUGAAUAUAUUAGAAAAACCAUUUAUUUUGCACAAGCCAUCAGGGCUGGAAGAGUAAAGGGGAACCUGGAAAAGCACAUCCUUUGGGAAUAUUGACGUUAUUUUGAAUCUCCUGAGAGACUUUUUCCAAUGAAUGUGAACUCAUCUUGAUAUUUGUCUGCUUUUGAAACCCUGGUCAUCAUUGUAUGUGAAUAAUGAACACAAGACGUCCAUAAAUGAAAUGCAUCGUUCCACUUGUACAGGUUUACUUUAAUAAAAUACACUUUAAAUAACACAAUACA